CUUAGGAGCAACAGAACAAUUGACACAAGUGAACACGAAAUCCUCAGCUGAGUCUUUCCUAUACACUGAAAAAACUGCAACAAGGCCACACCUUCACAAAGCAAUGUGUCAUUGUUAAGGUCACACCAGUGAGUUAUGCGCUGUGAACAACGUUUUCCUGGUUAAGACUUAACUUCUAUAAGGAUUAAAUGUUAUGGGUUAUUUAAUGGAGACAGCAAUUGGUGUUUAAAGUGAAUUUAAAUUCAACUCCCUCCCUUGUUUGCCCUUAAUCUAACUUUACUAUACAUUUUUCUGUGCAUAUUUCCUAAAUCCACACAUUAAAUAAUUUGUUUCAAUAUUUGUAAUACAACAGAUGAAACCAGGGCUUAAAUGUAAAUAAAAAUAACACACAAAAAAAGAUUAAAAUACCCAACAACAACAUUAACAAUAAAAUUGUUUGUGACCUGUUUGGCAGGUUGAUGGAAUUUUACACAUCUUUGUCUGAGUGAGGCAAUUGAGGUCAGACCAUUUCAAAAGUAUUAUCAUACUAUUAUUAUCUACCAUGACCGUCUAAUGUGGAGUAAGUUUGUGAGAACUUAGUCCAAAAGUUUUCAGACUGUUCAUAAAAACAUCAAAUAUCUCUUUGCAACACUUUAUCUUAUAAUAUACAGCAGGUUUUACCCUGACUUUCAACAGUAGAAAUGUGGUUUCUGUUUGAUAAAAAGCAUCUUCACUUUCACUUUUAUGCAUUUAGAAACCUUUUUACUUGUUUUCACUUUCAAAAGGUGAAAACUUGCAGUAAGGGGGGACACCUCAGCUCCAACUACAGCUGCAGCUGCACUGGACUAAAACAGACUCUGGACCUGGACAAAAACAUCAGGUUUAUCAAGGAGGUCCUGGGUUUGAGCCCCAGAGGAGCCACAUACUUGGUGCCUCCAGCCCAUGGCCUUGGGUUCUGGACUGACAGGUCAGCGGUGCAUGAGGCUGCUGCACAGGGUAGAGUCAAGCAGCUUCAGCAGCUGAUUGAGGAAGGUGCAGCCGUUAACACUGUUGCCGUCGACUCCAUUACCCCACUACAUGAAGCCUGUAUACAGGGACAGACCCAAUGUGUUCGUCUGCUACUCAAUGCUGGCGCACAGGUGGAUGCUCGUAACAUCGAUGGCAGUACUCCACUGUGUGAUGCCUGUGCUGCUGGUAGCAUUGAAUGUGUCAGGCUGUUGCUGGAGCAUGGGGCCACGGUCAACCCACCACUCUUUACCUUCUCACCUCUUCACGAGGCAUGCAUGGGAGGUAGUUCCGAAUGCGUUAGACUCAUGAUUGACCAAGGAGCUUUCAUGGAGGCCCAUGACUGCCACUAUGGGACACCACUCCAUGUAGCCUGUGCCAGACAACACUACGACUGCACCAAAGUUCUCCUCAGCGCAGGGGCAAACGUCAAUGCUGCCAAGCUCCACGAGACGGCACUGCACCAUGCAGCUAAAGUAAACAACGCCGAACUCGUCGAGCUGCUUGUGGAGUUCGGGGGGAAUGUGUACGCCAGAGAUAACUUGAACAAAAAGCCCAUCCACUACACUCGCCCGGGGUCUCCCUGUUACCUUGUUCUAGAGUUCUAUGAAAAUACCCCCCUGAGCCUGCAGCAGAUCAGCAGAGUGACUGUGAGGAAGACUCUUGGCACAAGAGCUUGUGAUGUCGUCACCAAGCUGGGAUUGCCCAAUCGUAUCAUACGCUUCCUGUCCCACAUGCCUCCUCCAGUUAUUGAACUUUGAUUACUGUUGAUGACAUAGAAUUAUCCCUGAAGUGUCAUGUGUGCAGGCUCCCCACUCUACACACCUUGACGGUUCGUGGAAUUCCACAGGUAAAUGUCAGAGAGAUUAUGAUACACAGU